AUGAGUUGUCCGUGGAAUCAUUUACGUUGGAUUACUACUAAUUCUUUGUUUAAUUGUUUUCUCCCACCCACCCUUUUAUUAUGUGCGGAGGGGGGUGCACGAAGAGGAGGUGCGGAGGAAGUCAUGAGCACCUACGACGACUCGUUUGAGGGCAGCGACACGAGUUUAUCGCCGUCGCCGCGAUCGUCCUUGAGGGAUGAAUCCGACGCUGCCGUCAUUCUGUCACAGCCAUCUGCUUCUUCCGUGCCAAUUCCGGUGCCCGUUGAGCAGGAGCUGCCGGAGGCGACAAAUAGCCCAGUGCAGGCGCUGCCAGGCGACACGUUGGCGGACCGUGCCGACGCCGCCACUCCCACUCCUCCAGUUGCUAACACUGCCGCUGCUGCUGCUGUUGCCGAUCCCCUUUUGGCGUCUCCUGCUUCGGUCAGCUCGCUUCCGCAGAGGGAGUUAAAAAGCCCCGUCGUGGGUGGUGCGGCGCCGGCAUCGGCGGAUAAGGCGUCCGUGGACACGAAUUUGUCCCACAUUGAGGUGAAGUUGGGUGGACUCAACGCACCCUCCACAGCAAAGUUUAAGGCGCUGUCGUCAUACGUCGCAUUUGGUGCCACCCCGCCGGGGUCAACGAGUGUUUUAUCCGCCACAACCAACGAGACACGAAGAGAGACACAAAACAGUGUUGCCGCAGAAGUGAAAGAGAAGAAAUUUCCGACGGAAACCCCGCCAGUUAUUCUGUCUAUAGCCUCAGAGACCGAUGGCUCCUCUUCAAGACGAGAGAGCAGCGUUUUCAGUACGCUUUCACAACAUCUCACGAAGAGGCAGUCACGAGAAGGAGAAUCCAAUUCCGAGAAGCUCCGGAAAGAGUCUGCGGCGACGGCCGUCGCUGCGACCCAUCCUCUUGUGGACGAAAAGAAAGAUGAGGGCGCAGAUGGUGUUGGUCUUGCCAUGGCACCGUUGCUAUUGCCGCAAGCCGGUGAAUCACAGAUGCAGUCUAACGUCUCGAUUUUAUUUCCGGCGCCCUCCACAGACUUUCCAGGCGUGCAGUCUAAUCCGUUUGGUGUGGAGGGUGCGCUUGCCAGUCUUCCACCGCCGCUUCCCUCCCGAGACCCGCGACAGGACCCCAAAAUUGUGGAACUUCGCGAGACGUCGGAGGCGGUGGAGCGUCUGGUGCGGGCCUUCGCGCUCCUGCGUGGACACGUGGCCGCACCUUCUUCCGACCCUCUUGCCGAUGCAAAGGUCUCUUACGCCACGAAGGACACAGAGAAGCUGUCGAGCCUUCGACUGCAGCGCGGUGUGGGGGAUGCGGCCACAUUGCGGGUAUCCCAGUCAAGCAGUCGACGCCCUUUUUUGCCGCGGUCGAAGACCGUCGACGAAUCUCGGGACGCAAAUGAAAAAGCGGCUCUGCAGAUGAGUGAGGCUGCCGUGGAGGAGGCCAUCAUGUGCCUCGUUAUGGAGCUUAUGCAGAGUGAUGCGAGGCAACCUUUUGAAGAAAAUACUGGUAGAAAGUUUAUUCACCCAUCCCUAGAAUUUGUGGGUAUGGACAACUUUAACUUGUUUCCCCCAUCAAAGCAACGCAAAUUUCCCCGGUUUUUACAGAAGAUUGACACUCCUUUUUCUGUUUUUGAUGGCGGGAUGCAGACAUUUGCCCCGGGGGAUCCUGACGCCUCGGAGUCCUUGUUUCACAGCGUUUUUCAAGGAUUACAGAAGUAUGUAUGGUCGCACGUAGCUGCGACGGAUCGCCACACAACCAAUCGCUUUCCACCUGUAAGUGCUCAUUUUGCGUGGGCCCUACAGCUUGACUUGUUAUUGGUAUGCAUGCAGACCCUUGAAAGUCGCUUUGCUGGAGAGCGUGCAGGCACAAAAGAUGGCUCAACGGUGUGGAUACAAUACGAGGGUUCGCGCGAAGCGGAGCCACUGGCACGAAACGCUGCUCACUGCUUACCAUUUGAGGUACUUGAUGCGAAACAGCGUGAUAAAACUGUGUUUCGCCUCGAGUAUUGGGUGACAAAAGACAAGAUGUGGACCGUUUUGGAGGCACUCGUCGCUUCCAUUCGGGAGGGUAUUGUUUCUCGCUCUGACGGCUACCGGGCCUUCUCCACUGAUGAGGAGAUACACAUUGAUCCCAGUGCGUUGCUCCCAACACGAGUUCCGCUCUUCUCAUUAGUGCCACAGGAACGUUUAGGGGCGGCACACGAUGAUGAGAGAAAUGGUAUCCGAAAGGAGGCCGCACAAAAAGGACAAGAAGAAUCGAGGAGCAAUUUUUUUCACAUACAUCCAAACACAAUGGAGUCACUUGCACAUGCGGUAUCAACAGCCGGCACGGAGCUUCUUGAGUCGGACCGUAGAACUUCCGGGAAGAACUAUAGACAAAGUUACCACGAUGCCACAACCGCCGUGGCAGAGGCUGUGUGUGAGCUUUUGGAUGAUGCGGGGAUCCGCGCGGCUAUACAGCGCCGUGCCAAGGCGAAGAUUGCGGCGUUGUCCGAGCGGCGUGAAAUGGACAACACUUUGAGCCGACAGGAGAAGGAGCGUUUUCUCAUAGAGACUGCCGAAGCGGAGGCAGAGCGAGUGGUGCGGAGGAUCCUGCAUGAGAUACGAGUCGAUGAGGCUGGGGAUGCAUGA